CAGCGCAGAAGCGCGGGAGGUUGCCGAUGGCAUGCACGCUAUGAACGUUGCCGGGCUCGAGAAGUACAUAAACUCCGCACAAAAAGCGCUUGAUAACGAGGCAGUGCAGCGCAAACGGUCAAACGCCAUACCGAGGAGAUUGAGUAUUUGCACGACGUGCUCGCUGUCAGACCCGACGGACGAAGAGAAAAUAGAUCUCCUCGCUUUGAAAGUUUGUGCCUCGCAAACCGUGCGGCGGGAUACCUGCUCGAAUGAUAGACAAGAGCUCAGGAAGGCAUUGUUUGACGGGCAGGAAGCUGGCGAACUCGACCCAAGCUACGGCAAAGCGCUGCAGGUACUUCCGCCAGCGAAAGCCCAUCAGAUCCUCGGAGACCUUGUCGAAGGCUAUAGAUGUCUUAACUAUGGCGUUACGCCAACAAGGCCUUGCCAGGGGCAAAGCCUCAAUGACGCACUCUUUGGUGCAUAGGCGGGUUCCCGGAAGCGAUGAGGUGUUAAAUAUUACCUGUUCAUCCCAAUGUACAUCUCAUGGUGGCGCCUGGCAGCCGAAAGACUUGCGUGCCUUUUGUCGGCAUGUGUCGUCAAUAAGGACAGAGGCCGACGUUCGAGGGACCUCGUUGAUAACGACUCCACCUCAAAUUUAUGGCCAGGUGUUUAAACGAGUA